UUUUUGAAAAUUACGUUCAGAAUUCCGAUUUUUUUGCUUCUGAUAAUUUGGUGUUUGGAAGUGGUGGAGGUUUGCUUCAAAAAUUUGAUCGUGAUACCAUGAAAUUUGCUAUUAAAUGUUCAUAUGUGUAUAUUGAAGGCAGGGGAGGCGUAUCGGUGGCAAAAGAUCCAGUAACUGAUAGAGGAAAACGAAAUAAACCAGGUCGAUUAAAAUUAAUCAAAGAUAAAAAUCAAAAAUAUGUUACAGUAAGUAGUAUUAAUGAUAAAGAUAUAUAUGAUGAUAAAAAUGUUAAUGAUGAGCUUGUUACUGUAUUUGAAAAUGGAAAAAUUUUGAAAGAAUAUACAUUCGAUGAGAUUCGAAAAAAUUGUGAGAUUGAUCUUGAUCAAGUAGAUGGGAUGACAACAUUAUAA